GCGACUUCAGUACAUGCCUCAAGCUCCAGUCUCAAACUUAACCCCGUUCCUGUUGAAGUAGAGGAUGGAGAAAGUAGCUCUCGUGAAAGAGGAGGAGGAGGAGGAGGCUGUUACAAUACAAAAACAAGUAGAAUGUGAGGCUGUUACCGUGAAAGAAGAAGAGAAAGACAUUACAGAGGAAGAGGAGGAGGACGACGACGUUUCAGUGAAAGAAGAGGGGGAUAUGACUGUCACAUCGAAAAAUGAAGAGGACGAAACUGAAUAUCUGGUCCCGGUUUCCCAAACACAUCUUCAGGCAUCCGAUGGUUCUAACAAUGAACUUAGCAAUAAGAUGGUUUUGAGAAACCGUUCCCUGAGUAACACUCCAGAGAGACGUGACUAUCGUGGAUCCUCUGGGGGGCCUCAACAACCUCAUGAUGCUGACGAGGCAGAGAAGAGUCUCUCCACAUCAAAACACCUCAAGAAACACCAGCAGAGACCCACAGGGAAGACAUCUCACUUCUGCUCUGACUGUGGGAAAGGUUGCAAAUAUUCAUCAGACCUUAAAAUACACCAGAGAACACACACAGGAGAGAAACCUUAUAGCUGUGAUCAAUGUGAGAUGAGUUUUACUAGAUCAAGCAAUCUGACAAGACACCAGAGAACACACACAGGAGAGAAGCCUUAUAGUUGUGAUCAAUGUGGGAACAGUUUUCCUACAUCUAGCCAGCUGACUUCACACCAGAGAACACACACUGGAGAGAAACCUUGUAGCUGUGAUCAAUGUGGGAAGAGUUUUCCUACAUCAAGCCAGCUGACUUCACACCAGAGAACACACACAGGAGAGAAACCUCACAGCUGUAAUCAAUGUGACAAGAGAUACUCUAGUAAAAGAUCUCUGAUCAAAUAUCAGAAAAUACAUGAAGGAGUUGUUUCAUGAUAUCAAUGAAAUAAUGUCACAAUGUAGAACGUUUUAACUUUGUAGUAGGAGUAUUUUAAUGUCACAAUGUAGAAUGUUUUAACAUUGUAGUAGGAGUAUUUUAAUGAUGUUCUACCUUAUCGUUUGCCCUGUUCAAUUGAUUGCAGCAUGAUAUGUAUAUUAGCCUCAGGGGAAAAUCCAGGCUCUGAAUUGAAAGAGUAUUAUUUAACAAAAAGUGACUAACAAAAAAAGAGCUGUGUUACACUUACUGGGUUGGUGACCCACUUUAAUCAAAAUGCAGCACUUCAAAAUGUAGCUAGCUGUUUUCUACAAGUUGAAAAAGCUGCUUGUUUAAAAAAUACAUGUAAUAUGAUAAUUGUUGCAGAUGUUUGUGUAUAUACACACAUGAUUAAUAAUAAAUUGGUCUAUAAUCAAUUUUAUUAACAAUCUGACAUCACUCCAGUAUUUCUUGACAACUUUCAAAUGAUAAUUGUCUUUAUUCCACUACUGAAGAUGCAUGACUCAAAUCACCUCAUAUUUCAAAAAUUCAGCCUGACAAAAAAUACAUGUUUUAUUAUUCCAUUUAAGUGAAGUAUUGCCAAUACAUAUUAACAAAGCGGUGUACAUUUGGUUUUGAUUUUCAUAUUUACAAUUUAUGUAACAUUUAGUAAUCAUAAUUAUUUAUGCAAACAGCUGACCAUUUUUUGGGUACAAUUAUAUUGACAAUGUUGCCCUGCUUUUAGAAUAUCAGGGUUCAUUUUCAGAUGUGCUAACCCAAAUGCAUGACAUUGGGGACUGAGCCCGAUCCAAAAACAUGCCUAUCGAGCGAACCCUGAAAAGAGAGAGAGAGAAGUAAGGUGGAAAGUUACUACGAAUAUUGCAGGAGUUGGUUGCUGAUUGUCUCAAGGCUGGGCAGUCAACAAGUUUUGCGUUUAGCCAGUGUGUUGCCAUGGAUCACAAUUUAUUUUGACUGCACGUUUUUCCGUGUUGGAUACAAGGUUUUUUGGGGGCUCGUUCCAAGGGGACGAGAGUUCUAGAAGCUAGUGAGUUUUAGUAUUCUAUUGAAAGAAAAAGGAAUUAAAAAACAAUACUAUGGUAAAUUAUUAUAUAGAAAUGUGUUUUUCCUUGUUUUUAAUUGUUGACAGCCAGUACACACCAUGUUUAUAUUGUAGAAGCAUUGUAGUUGAUUGUGAAAUGGAAGUUGUUUUCUGUUGGGGGUGAGCAAACAUGUCCAACAAAAAUAUAGGAUGUAUUUGUUGUCUAAAAGGGGGAAGGUGUUCCAGGCUUUGGUUUUUCCAUUUAUGUUUUGAGGUUGGACUUUUGCUCGUUAGCACGUAUAGCUCGUUAGCACGUAGGACGCACUGAUUGGUGUCACCUCGUUAGUCAGUAUGUGUUACACCUGUGCUGGCUUGUCCAUCUCGUUAGUGGGAAGGUGUUUCACCUGAGCUGGUCCAGGUUCUAUUUAAGAGUGUCUGGCCCAGUGCUCCAGUUGUCUUGAUAGAUGUGGAGAGUCAACACCUUUAGUUGCGCCACCUUUUUGGUUUGCUUCCUGUCUUUAAGUUUGUUGUGGGUUUUUCUUUUGUUUCCCUCUUCUUGGGCUGAUUUAGUGGGUCUCAUCGUGGGUGUCAUUUAUGUCCCAGUUGUUGUUACUAGUCAACUUUCAGUGGACACUGAGCAAAACUGCAACAUUAUGUUAUAAUACUUUUAUUGCAUCAAAUGGUUGUUUAAUGCAACAGAAUAGAGGGUUCUUAGAACUAUUGUGUCUGUGUUCUACUGAGGAUGGACCUCUGGGAGAUAACACUGACAGGAGAUUUACAAUGUCUUUUGGGUGAUAAAACCUAAAGAGACCGCAUUCCAGAGCAUGAGUUAAUGUUCUAUAUGGUACCAGGGAGAGAUGACCCCAGGGCCAGACCCUGGUCUCUACACAGAGUACUGUUUUUACAGGAGAUACUGUCUGCUGAGAAUUAUAAGUAUCUUUCAUACAAAUCUUAACCUUAUGACCCGUUCUACACAUCUGUUUGUUCGUCAUGUAGGUUGAGGGGUGUAUCUUGGCUAUAAAAGACCGUUGUACUUUUGUCCUGUGGGUCGACCAACCAUCAUUAUCGUAGAACACUCAAUUUAUUCACUUCUAAAUGUGUACGUUGUAUUGACCUGCUCCCUUAUUAAUAAGUGAAUAAAGAUUUAGUUUAAGAAUAACUCUGACUUGUGUGGUAAGUUUAAUUCCUCAUUUGAUAUUAAAGAAGUUAACCACCACAUUUGGGGAUGUGAAUCUUCACUUGGUGACCGCUCCUGACGACCUGGGUAAAUGACCUGUAUCGUCUGUAAUGAAUGUUAAAGUUAUUUGACAAAUGUCUUAAAAUGAGCAACAAUAAUCAUAUUUUGUCUUGUUUUCACAUUAGUAGUAACAUCGAUCGAUGAUUGUAGGCUAGAAAUAAGUUAUUCAUGUUGUUGAAACUCUAAGCAGUCUGCCAGACGACUUUUGGUCUCCAAUAUAGACCCCUUUCUGUGUUUAAUAAAAUUGCGGCACGAGGGCAAAGCACACACAAAUUGAUUGUAGAAACUCCUCCCUGCUAAUGAGGAAACCACUAGUUAUGGAUGUAGUAUAUCUGGUAAUGAGGAAACCACUAGUUAUGGAUGUAGUAUAUCUGCUAAUGAGGAAACCGCUAGUUAUGGAUGUAGUAUAUCUGGUAAUGAGAACCACUAGUUAUGGAUGUAGUAUAUCUGCUAAUGAAGAAACCACUAGUUAUGGAUGUAGUAUAUCUGGUAAUGAAGAAACCACUAGUUAUGGAUGUAGUAUAUCUGGUAAUGAGGAAACCACUAGUUAUGAAUGUAGUAUAUCUGCUAAUGAGGAAACCGCUAGUUAUGGAUGUAGUAUAUCUGGUAAUGAGAACCACUAGUUAUGGAUGUAGUAUAUCUGCUAAUGAGGAAACCGCUAGUUAUGGAUGUAGUAUAUCUGGUAAUGAGGAAAGCACUAGUUAUGGAAGUAGUAUAUCUGGUUAUGAGGAAACAACGAGUUAUGGAUGUAGUAUAUCUGCUAAUGAGGAAACCACUAGUUAUGGAUGUAGUAUAUCUGCUAAUGAGGAAACCGCUAGUUAUGGAUGUAGUAUAUCUGCCAAUGAGGAAACCACUAGUUAUGGAUGUAGUAUAUCUGGUAAUGAGGAAACCACUAGUUAUGGAUGUAGUAUAUCUGCCUGGAGCAAAAAUGGUGAGCGAAGAUUUUAGAUUUUCCCAAUGUAUUCUGAACAUUACAGCGCAAUAUCAGGAGUGCUACUCAAGGAAACUCAUAUUAAGCUCUGUGUCUAUUCACUAAUUCACCACCGUGGGGGAAAACUCAGGGGAGUUCUUAUAGGCUGACUGCAAAAAUAGCCUCCAUUUCCAGGUUGCUUAUAAGUGCAUUUCACAUUAAAUAUGGAUUAUAAUUGUAGGGCUUGAAUCACCUGCUUAAUAUGUUUGUGUUAUUGUCUCAAAUCAUCUGAUUUAUACUUAAACACUUCAACUAGUAAAAUGUUCUUGGCGGGGCCAAACAGGUGUUGUAACUCGUUCAUAACUGGCAUGCAGAUCGGUAGAAAUGGUCAGAUAAAUUGGCACUCUAAAUGGAAAAAGUUUGCCGAUUUUACCGGAAACUUCAGGAGCAUAACGUCAGGAUUUAGGAAGACCAGCAGCAGGUCGGUUGGUUAUUUUCUUCUAGUUAAAUUGAUUUCUGGCUUCCUCAAGUCAUUUGUGUUAAUUAUUUAAUCAAACGCUUCAAGCAUCAGUUCAGUUCAAGUUCCGCACAAACAGUUGAUUUGAUUCAACACAAACAGUUGAUUUGAUUCAACACAAACAGUUGAUUUGAUUCAACACAAACAGUUGAUUUGAUUCAACACAAACAGUUGAUUUGAUUCAACACAAACAGUUGAUUUGAUUCAACACAUACAGUUGAUUUGAUUCAACACAUACAGUUGAUUUGAUUCAACACAUACAGUUGAUUUGAUUAAACACAGGGGGUGUGUCUAUAUGGAAAAAUACACCUCAUAACAUUUCAACCAAUCAAUUGGUAGAAAGAGAACUGUUUUUGUUAUCUGGGACAGCCCUAGAACAUACAGUGCAUUCAGACCCUUUUGACACAUUUUGUUACGUUCUAUUCUGAAAUGGAUGACAACGUUUAUUAGUGAUCAAUCUACAGACAAUACCUCAUAAUGACAUCACAAUACCCCAUAAAAGUGAGAGAAAAAAGUUUAGAAAUGCUUGCAUACCAGUGGUUGUAUCUCUCUAGGUCAUGCCAGUAGGUUGCAGUAGGUUGUAUCUCUCUAGGUCAUGCCAGUAGGCUACAGUAGGUUGUAUCUCUCUAGGUCAUGCCAGUAGGCUACAGUAGAUUGUAUCUCUGUAGGUCAUGCCAGUAGGCUACAGUAGGUUAAAUCUCUCUAGGUCGACCUCCCGGGUGGCGCAGUGGUCUAGGCCGUGCCACCAGAGUCUCUGGGUUCGCGCCCAGGCUCUGUCGCAGCCGGCCGCGACCGGGAGGUCCGUGGGGCGACGCACAAUUGGCCUAGCGUCGUCCGGGUUAGGGAGGGUUUGGCCGGUAGGGAUAUCCUUGUCUCAUCGCGCUCCAGCGACUCCUGUGGCGGGCCGGGUGCAGUGCGCGCUAACCAAGGGGGGCGGGUGCACGGUGUUUCCUCCGACACAUUGGUGCGGCUGGCUUCCGGGUUGGAGGCGCGCUGUGUUAAGAAGCAGUGCGGCUUGGUUGGGUUGUGCUUCGGAGGACGCGUGGCUUUCGACCUUCGUCUCUCCCGAGCCCGUACGGGAGUUGUAGCGAUGAGACAAGAUAGUAAUUACUAGCGAUUGGAUACCACGAAAAUUGAGGAGAAAAGGGGAUAAAAUGUAUAAAAAAUAAAAAAAAAUAAAGGAGAUAUUCUAAUAGAAAGAGGUCAAUAGUUCAUAUCAGCAUAUUCUGCAGAUAAUACAUCGUAAUUAUCUAUGUUACUUAGCUAAUUCUGAUUUCUCCACCACAAUCUUUCCCCAGAAACAGGCUCCAAAACAACAGCUCUGUUACUGGUGUGCAGGAUAUAACCUUUACUCUGUCGAGGAUCAAGAGGAACCAGUCAGUUUCUAUCAUAUUCUUGGCUGAGUGUCCGAACAUCAUCUACACGCCCAGAACAGGCCUCUAUCAACACACUGUUCUAUGUUAUAGGAGUUAGGUUCUUUACCAAUCUCAAGCCCAAUGCCUCGGCUGAAAGAAUUAUAUUUUACUACACAAACAAAAGGUUUAACU